GUUGAGAAACCACACAAGUCAGCUGACUUUAGUUUGUGUUAGUCUCAGGGAAACUGAUCUGUGCUGUCACUCAGCUCUGGACACAAUUGAUUCAGCAGCAGUUGACAGUGUGUGGUGCAGAAAUAUCAAGGAGAUAUACUCAAAGGGCAAAUGGAUUACUUACUGGACUAUGACCCCAAUGUAGACUAUAACUUCACCUCCGAUCAAGAGUUAUUUCCACCAGGGGAGCAAACUCCAGUUUUUAAGCACGAACCAACAUGUUCACGGGAAGCCUUGUGCGUGUCUUUAGCAAUUAUAAAUGGAGGCAUUUUUCUGCUCGGCUUCUGUGGGAACGCUUUGGUCAUUUGGAUUUCUGGCUUCAAGAUGAAGAAGACGGUCAACACCACGUGGUACCUGAGCCUGGCAAUUUCUGACUUUGUCUUCUGUGCCUUCCUCCCGUUCAGCAUCGCCCCGGCAGUGAUGGAGGAGUGGGUAUUUGGCCACUUCAUGUGCAAGGCCAUCUCAUUCAUGAUGUUCCUUAACAUGUUCAGCAGCAUCUUCCUCCUUGUCAUCAUCAGUGUCGAUCGCUGUGUGUCAGUCAUGUUUCCAGUUUGGGCUCAGAACCAGCGCACUGUCCGUAAGGCAUCAGUUCUUGUUGUCCUGGCCUGGCUUCUCGCCUUUGCUGUGAGCAUUCCUUCUGUGCUCUUUCGGGAAGUUCAACAUAGCUUGAGUAGGGACAUUUGCAUCAAUGCAUACACAUCACACCAACACAGUCACACGAUUAUUGCAGUGACCCGCUUCCUUACUGGCUUUGUUGUUCCUUUCAUCAUCAUUGUCAUCUGCUACUCCAUCAUCAUCGUCAAACUUCGAUCCAACAGGAUGACCAAAUCCUGCAAACCAUUCAAAGUGAUGACAGCGCUCAUCGCUGCUUUCUUCAUCUGCUGGCUGCCCUACCACGUGUUCAUCCUGAUGGAGGCCAAGUCCUCCUGGCACGGCCAUGAUAUUUUGCCCAUCGGACUCAAAGUGACCUCUUCACUGGCUGCAGCAAACAGCUUCCUCAACCCUGUGUUGUAUGUCUUCAUGGGCAAUGACUUCAAGCGCAGGUUCAAGAACUCUGUGCUUUCAAAGAUAGAGAACGCGAUGGGUGAGGAAGGCCGCACCACCAGCCGAUACCUGUCCCGGUCAAGCUCCAUGGAUGCCAGAGCUUCUACACACAUCUAGGGUUGUAGACAUUUCCGCAAAACCCUUUCGGUCUGUGAGCUCACUGACCAGAGAAAUACUCUUAAAACAUGUGCAAAGAAUUAACACAAGACAUGAAAUUGGUGAAUUUAUUGUGAAAUGUAUAUUUUUUUGUUGUUCUUUACAACUGUUUCCAACACAGAGAGACAGUUUACAUUGUAUGUACUCAUUGUAUGUACUCUGCAUAUUGACUGUAAAUCUUGACAGCUCAGUACAGGCCACGAUAAUUACAUGUUGAUAAGAAACCGCUUAGUGAUUUUUGUGUCUGUUUCAGAUAUGAGGACUGUAACUGUGCAAUAAAUACAUUUUGGAAUGA